ACCAUUAUGACAUCACAACCUGUUUCCAAUGAGACCAUCAUAAUGCUCCCAUGAAAUGUCAUCAACUUCUCCCAAGCAGAGAAACCCGAACCCACCAACCAGGGGCAGGAUAGCCUGAAGAAACGUCUACAGGCAAAAGUCAAAGUUAUUGGGAUUAUCCAGAUCUUGUGUGGUGUGAAGGUAUUGAGCUUGGGAAUCAUUUUGGCAUCUGCUUCCUUCUCUCCAAAUUUUACCCAAGUGAUUUCUAUGCUGUUGAAGUCUGCUUACCCAUUCAUAGGACCCUUGUUGUUUGUCAUCUCUGGCUUUCUAUCAAUUAUCACAGACAAAAGGUUAACCAAGCUUUUGGUGCAUAGCAGCCUGGCUGGAAGCAUUCUGAGUGCUCUGUCUGCCCUGGUGGGUUUCAUUCUCCUGUCUGUCAACCCGGCUGCAUUAAAUCCUGCCUCAUUGCAGUGUAAGUUGGACGAAAAGGAUAUACCAACCAGACUUCUUCUUUCUUAUGAUUAUCAUUCACCUUACACCAUGGACUGCCAUAGAGCCAAAGCCAGUCUGGCUGGAACUCUGUCUCUGAUGCUGGUUUCUACUGUGUUGGAGUUCUGCCUAGCUGUGCUCACUGCUGUGCUGCAGUGGAAGCAGACUGUCUGACUUCCCUGGAGUGUGCUUUUCCUGCCUCACAGUUUCAUGUCCUCAAAGACGACUCAUGACGCUGGAUAUGAAGAACUAUUGACUUCUUGGGAAAAAACGGAGAAAUAUUAAUUAGAAAGUUGAUUUUUAUGAUAAUGGAAAACCUAACCAUUAUAAAAAAGCAAACUUGAGUUUCCUAAA